UGGAUGCUGUUAUUCUGGAAUAAGAGUGCUUUUUUAACGUUUAACAUAAUCCACUAAGGAAGCUAUUUAAGAAUAGGUAUCGUGCUUUAAAUUCACACUGUGUUUUAAUUUGAAUUAUUUUUAGAUGUAGAUGCAUGUUACAUUUGGAUGUACAUGAACUAAUGUUCCCUCUUUUUGUUUCUCUUCUACCCUCCUUUUGACACAUUAUUCUUUACCACUUUUCAUCUUACAAUACAAUGAGGCACAUGAUCAUUGCUUCAGUUCGAUCUUUUCUGUACUGAGAAUUUAAGUGGAGCAGAGUUGCAGUUAGAAGCUGCUAGGAUAAAAAAAGAAACCAUUUCACUCCCCUUUCACCAGAACUAGCCUUUUCUCUUCCCCUUGCUGUAAACUUCCUUGGUCAUUAUCUUUAUCUCUCUCGUUCAGUUUUUGUCACAGGCUGUAAACUGGAACUUAUUGAAGUCAUUAGCGUUGCAUGUUUCACAGGCUGGUGUGUGCAAGAUUUGGUGGAGUGAGGUGGCAACACACCAAAAUGUUGGGAGGGUUUUUUGGACAAAAUUAUCGUGAUUAAAAUGUGCAAGAACAGAAUUCAGAGUAACAGGAUACUUGAAAGGUUUUCUUACAGUGCACUGACGUGCACAUUUUUAAUAGUCUUUUAUGAAAGAUUUGAAUCUUACAGAAACCACUGAAGUAGAGAGAAUGCAGUGCAGAGACUGUUUUAUUUAAUUUUCUCAAAGAAGUAUUUUCUCCAAGUUCAAAAUUAGAUAUGAAACUACUGCUAUCACUGUUGCUUAAAGGGGAGGGCAAAGUAUCUCAGUUGCUUAAAAUAGUUUGGGUUAACAUUAUGCUUUCAGGAAAAGACAUAUUAGUAAACUUAUGUAGGGUUGCAAAAAGGGUUCUGGUUUCGACUGCAACACAAACAGAAAGGUUAAGUUUCUAUAGCUUAUGAAAGUGCUGUUUCAUCAAGUAUAAAGCAGCUGCAAGGCCAUUGAAAAGAUAAAUGUUUCAAAAACAACUUGAUGCCCACCCCAGUCAGAUGGAUUGUAAAAGAUGGAAAGUCUCCUUGGCUCCUUAUGUAAUUACUGUUUGCUUGCAGUUCGUAAGGAAUAAAAAAAGAUUCUUGGAAAUGCUUCUGUGAUGGUGGCUUUCUUGUGCUACUUCAGUGCAUAUAGGAGGUGGUGGACUCAAUGGUGCAGCAUUUUAAAGUGACCAUAUUUGGGGACCGCAGACCAGUUUAUGAUGGGAAAAGAAGCCUUUAUACAGCCAAUCCACUCCCUGUUGCAACUACUGGGGUGGAUUUGGAUGUAACGUUACCAGGAGAAGGUGGAAAAGAUCGUCCCUUCAAGGUGUCAAUAAAGUUUGUUUCUCGGGUGAGCUGGCACUUGCUGCAUGAAGUUUUGACGGGAAGGACCUUGCCUGAGCCUCUGGAACUAGACAAACCGAUCAGCACUAACCCUGUACAUGCUGUCGAUGUGGUGCUACGACACCUACCCUCCAUGAAGUAUACCCCUGUGGGCCGCUCCUUUUUCUCUGCUCCAGAAGGCUACGAUCACCCUUUGGGAGGGGGCAGGGAAGUAUGGUUUGGAUUCCAUCAAUCUGUGCGGCCUGCCAUGUGGAAAAUGAUGCUUAAUAUUGAUGUUUCUGCCACUGCCUUCUAUAAAGCACAACCAGUAAUUCAGUUCAUGUGUGAAGUUCUUGACAUUCAUAACAUUGAUGAACAACCAAGGCCUCUGACUGAUUCUCAUCGGGUAAAAUUCACCAAAGAGAUAAAGGGUCUGAAGGUUGAAGUGACUCAUUGUGGAACAAUGAGACGGAAAUACCGUGUUUGUAAUGUAACGAGGAGACCUGCCAGUCAUCAAACCUUCCCUUUACAGUUAGAAAAUGGUCAGACUGUGGAGAGAACAGUAGCACAGUACUUCAGAGAGAAGUAUAACCUCCAGUUGAAAUACCCUCAUCUUCCUUGCCUGCAAGUGGGACAGGAACAGAAACACACCUACCUGCCUUUAGAAGUAUGUAAUAUUGUGGCAGGCCAGCGAUGUAUCAAGAAGCUAACUGACAAUCAAACAUCAACCAUGAUCAAGGCAACUGCAAGAUCUGCCCCAGACAGACAAGAAGAAAUUAGUAGAUUGGUAAGAAGUGCAAACUAUGAUGCAGAUCCGUUUGUUCAAGAGUUUCAGUUCAAAGUUCGAGAUGAGAUGGCCCAUGUGACAGGACGUGUGCUUCCAGCUCCAAUGUUGCAAUAUGGAGGACGGAAUCGAACAGUGGCUACCCCCAGCCAUGGAGUAUGGGAUAUGCGAGGGAAACAAUUUCACACUGGUGUUGAGAUCAAAAUGUGGGCCAUAGCUUGCUUUGCAACUCAGAGACAAUGCAGAGAAGAAAUACUGAAGGGUUUUACAGACCAACUACGCAAAAUCUCCAAGGAUGCAGGAAUGCCAAUCCAAGGCCAGCCAUGCUUUUGUAAAUAUGCACAGGGGGCAGACAGUGUGGAGCCCAUGUUCCGGCACCUCAAGAACACCUACUCGGGGCUCCAGCUCAUCAUCGUUAUCCUGCCAGGGAAAACGCCUGUGUACGCGGAGGUGAAGCGUGUGGGAGAUACACUGUUGGGAAUGGCCACACAGUGUGUUCAAGUCAAGAAUGUCAUAAAAACAUCUCCACAGACUCUCUCCAACCUGUGCCUAAAGAUUAAUGUUAAACUAGGAGGAAUCAACAACAUCCUUGUACCUCAUCAACGACCUUCUGUGUUCCAACAACCAGUGAUCUUCUUGGGAGCAGAUGUCACUCAUCCGCCUGCUGGGGAUGGAAAGAAGCCUUCCAUUGCUGCUGUUGUAGGUAGUAUGGAUGCUCAUCCAAGCAGGUAUUGUGCCACAGUGAGAGUUCAAAGACCCCGGCAGGAGAUCAUACAAGAUUUAGCCUCCAUGGUUAGAGAACUUCUCAUCCAGUUCUACAAGUCAACACGGUUCAAACCCACACGUAUCAUCUUCUACCGGGAUGGAGUCUCUGAAGGACAGUUUCGACAGGUUUUGUAUUAUGAGCUGCUAGCAAUUAGAGAGGCCUGCAUCAGUUUGGAGAAAGACUACCAGCCUGGAAUAACUUAUAUCGUAGUGCAGAAACGACAUCACACACGAUUGUUCUGUGCUGACAGAACAGAAAGGGUUGGAAGAAGUGGCAACAUUCCAGCUGGAACAACCGUAGAUACGGACAUUACACAUCCAUAUGAGUUUGAUUUUUACCUCUGUAGCCAUGCUGGAAUACAGGGUACCAGCCGUCCCUCACACUAUCAUGUUUUGUGGGAUGAUAACUGUUUUACUGCAGAUGAACUUCAGCUGCUGACUUACCAGCUCUGCCACACAUAUGUGCGCUGCACACGAUCUGUUUCUAUACCCGCACCAGCCUAUUAUGCUCAUCUGGUAGCAUUCAGAGCACGAUACCAUCUUGUGGACAAAGAACAUGACAGUGCUGAAGGAAGCCAUGUUUCAGGACAAAGCAAUGGGAGAGAUCCGCAAGCCCUUGCCAAGGCUGUACAGAUUCACCAAGACACCUUACGCACCAUGUACUUCGCUUAGAUCAAUAAAAUCAGAGCAUACUCACUGAAAAGAAGAACUGAAAAUUUAAGCCACAUACAAUGUAUGUUUCCAGUGGGGUCAGUUUCUGGGGUGCGCCUCCUAUCAGGCUGAAGUCGACACUGUGCAAGGGCGAGGGGCUAAUCCUUAAAUUGACGCAAGGAAGAUUUGUUUACGUCAUCGAGGAACACAGCACUAUUAUGCAAUAUGAAACCAGCCAACUGCUUUUUUGGCGUGGUCUCCUGUUGGAAGCACCGCCAUCACAUUUUAUUUUAUUUUAUUUUAUUUUUUAUUUCUCGUAGUUUAACCCUUUUAUGCCUUUACCUCAAGUUGCUCGGCAGCACAACUCUUUGCAAAAAACAAAAAAAACAAAAAAACAACAGCAACAACAAAAGUUGAUCACGUAAUUAAGAAAAAAAAAAAAGAAACAGACAACUUUAGGAGAAUCACAGUGAUUGUUUUGGGAUUGGGGAGGGGAGUGUGCAAAAAAAAAAAAAAGAUUUGUUUUUAUCUUUUACCCCAGCUAUAUUCAUGAAGCUUUCAUUAUUGCCAUCAACAUUCAAAUGUGAACAUAUCCAAGUACAUUUGAAUGUACAGCACUAACUAGAAGAAAUUGGAGGAGUAUUUGCACACUUGUCCAUUAAUCCGAACAUAAUUUAGCCAACUGCUGCCUUUUGUCUGUCUUCACAACUUGGAGUCCUCAGCUCCAAUAGUUCCCUUUUAAAAUGAAACAAAACCAAUAAAAAGCUAGUAGUAUAUGUGCAGGCAGUAGUGAUCCAAACUCUUCUUACUCCCUGGUGAAUUUACUAAAGCUGCUGUUUUAUCUUGUCCAGAAGUUUCAACUAAUUUUCCAUCUGGCAAGUCGCAUACAUAUUUGAGCUUCAUGUGAUAUCUGAAGUCCCGUGUUUGACGGGGUUCCUUGUAGUAAACACCAGAACUGAAACUCUAGAUAAGGUCUUUUUGGGGGAGGGGGGGAAAAAAAAUUGCUAGUUUACUUGCUGCCUCUCACACCUUAAUGUGAUUUCAUAUAUGUAUGUGUUUUUGAAGUUUAGCUUCCUUUUGUUUCUUUUAUAUUUAUUAGAGUAAUAAUAAUGCUUUAAUUUAAUUAUUACAAAACAUAUGGGCAACAUCAAUUUUUAUUUUUAGAAAUGUAACCGUGUUUGUUUAAAAAAAACAAAAACUGACAACUUGUUUUUGCUAUCUUUUAGUGCAAUAAGCCGUUUGAAAGGAAAACUGUGUCCGUUUAGCUGUAUUAAAGCGGCAUUUGUACCACUAACUGUGGGAGAAUGGACACCUCCACAAUUUUAAAAGGACAAAGUAAAUGCCUUAAUUUUGAAAGGAAAGUUUUUAUAGUUGAGGGGAAUCUUUUUUUUUUCCUUUUUUAAAUCAAAACAACAAAGAAUAGCAAACAUGCUUUUUGAAUCCUGCAAGCUUUACUCUUGGCAAUUGGGCUGUAUUUUGGUUUAACAAAGGAACUGUCUGCAUCUUUGGUUUGAAGAGAUGAAGUUAUAUGAAUUAAGUGGACUGUUUUUUAUUGGAGAUCUAGGUUUUCAUGCUCUCACUUUAAAUAUAUCAGACAUUUAAUCAGGAAAAUGUCUUAAGGAGUUAAUGAAGUUUUUAGCCAAUUUUGCUGAUUUCAUAGUGACUUUCCUUUUAAAAUUAAGGUAUUGGUGACUUCAUUUCACUUUACAAAUAAAACAAGAGGGCUGGGAUACUUUUAACAAGUUAAAUCACUGAAAUGUGAAGCAAAUUUAAUGGGACUUUUGUUCAUUCCACUUUUUAAAGUUAAAAUGAAAUAUUUAAGAUGUCAGAGGUGAGCAUUUAUUCAAUAAGGGGAUCAGGGGAGUUUUGCACUUUGUAAACUCGUGAACUGCAUUUUUGACUGUUUUAUUUGCACUGGUUCAUAGUAUAUAUACAUAUAUAUAUACUGCAGAUUUGUUUAUAUGGGCAUUGCUGUUAUCCCAGCCCUUUGGAACUCUACCUGCUCUCCACAUGAAAACCAGUGGGUUGGUAUAAGUUACCUGACUUAUCUCCUGUCAUUCUCGUGUAAUCUGUUUGCCAAUUUACUGUAUUUUGAGCUUAAAAUCUGAGCCCAUUUUGCUUCAGUAAGCAUGAAUUUUCCCCAUUUUCUGCCAGAAAAAAGUACUGUAUUUUGUGCAUUUUGUAUUUUGUACUAAGAUGUAUGUAGUGCUGUUCACAACACUGUCUCAAAGCGUUUUACUAAAUACUUGGUGUAUAUACAUAUAUUUUUUUUCCCAAUACCAAGAAAGAUAAUGCAAAGUUUCUUCUGUUUUGUUUCUUUGCAGAAUUUUAAAAGUGCACUGGAAAUAGUCAUGACUGUGGGCAGUGUAUGAAUGGCUCAGGGGGCUGAGGAGAAAAGAGAAGGAGGGUUAUGUCACAGAUCCCUAAGUAGCCCAGGAGCUCUUGGAAAGACUGGGGAGUUGUGUGCACAUCAGUGGGACUGCAGAUCGCAAAAUGAAAUGUCCUGGCUUUGUUCUUUUGCUGUUUCUUGCACUUAGGUUUCAGCUCCUUUUGAAUAAAUCUGCUGCAGGGAGAUCAGCAUAACUGAAUAACUAGACUUCCAAAUAAACCCUUCAGUAGUUCUCUUCUUGGACUUGCUGAACAGUUUCCUCUUGAGAGUGCUCUAGCUAGUAGUCCUGUCUGUAAAGGCCAAGGUUAGGUUUUUUAUGGAGGUUGGACCCGAUGAUCUUACGAGGUCCCUUGCAGCCCUAUGAAAUCUAGUCUAUGAAAUUAAAAUUGAGGAUUUUCUUUUUUAAAAAACUUCUUGUGGAUUCCUGGCUUUUGUCAUGAGAAGUCCUUUAAAGAAAGAAAGAGUAGAUUUUUAACUUUCCCUUCAGAUACACUGUCCGUUUCCUAUCCUGCCCACACUCAGUGACUAUGGCUUGAAAGUUUUAAAUUAUUUUGCUUGCUGCUUUCACCAAAAAGAAACAAAAAAAA